UGAAACGUCGUUUACCGUUGGAAUAAAUGAAGUGAUUUCGCAAAACAACGUCAAAACAUAAUUAAAAAAAAAAAAAGCUUUUUUAAAAGUUUUUUUUCAAUUAGUUUCUUGAAGAUUGUAAUCGAAUUAAAUGUUGUCAGAAUGUUAAAUAAAAUUUUUUGUUAUUAUUGACAUGGAUACUGAAGAAAAGGUAAAAGUGAUAUGCUUAGGCGAUAGUGCUGUUGGAAAAUCUAAAUUGGUUGAGAGAUUUCUUAUGGAUGGAUAUAAACCACAGCAGUUAUCAACAUAUGCUCUUACCUUGUUUAAAUAUUUCACAAAGAUAGAUGAUCGUAAUGUUCAUGUUGAGUUUUGGGAUACUGCUGGUCAGGAAAGGUUCAGUAGUAUGCAUCCAUCAUACUACCAUGCUUCACAUGCAUGUAUACUAGUUUUCGAUGUAACGCGCAAGACUACUUAUAAGAAUCUGUCUAAUUGGUACAAAGAACUUCGAGCAUAUAGACCUGAUAUUCCUUGUAUAUUAGUUGCAAAUAAAAUAGAUGUUGAUUAUAAUUCUACUAAAAGAAGUUUUAAUUUUGGUAAAAAGUAUCAUCUUCCUUUCUAUUUUGCUUCUGCAUCUGACGGCACGAACGUUGUUAAAGUGUUUCGAGAAGCAAUCAAAGCAGGACUUCAUUAUAAAGACAACUCAACAGAUUUUGUUGAUGAAGUGUUGAAAGAGCUUGAGAAUUUUGAUGAUAUGUCUCUGCAAAAUCCAGCAAAUGGAUUGUCAAACGGAUCUGAUCUGACAACAUCAAAUGUCGCGUCGUCUUCUAAAGAUAAAUAAUUUUAAAAAUGAAAAAAAUAUUAUAUAUAAAAAUUUAAAACA